AUGGCCCAGCUCUGGUGCAUAGCUAUUUGCACGGUUGGCAUUACUAGUUGGAGCCAGCAGAUUGAAGCGGCCGUAAUUCUGCCGAAAAUCCCGGAUGUGCUGAAUCCUCCAGUUCCGGAUGGUAUCGAUCUGGUGCAGCAAUCUGCCUUUCUCGAGAGCACUGACCAGGAUCCAGAAGUGACGCCCGGCCUGUUCCAAGGUGAUAUGGCGAUGGACAAUCGUAUGUAUCGAUACUGGCGCGUGGGACUUAACUGGGACGUGUUCCCGGAACGCGUCUGGCCAAACGGCACUGUCCCGUACGCCAUCAGCCCGCUUUAUGAUGUCGACGAUCAGGUGACGAUUCUGCAAGCCAUUCGGACCCUCAACUUCAUGACGUGCGUUAACUUUGUACCGUGGAACGGCAAGGACAAAGACUUUUUGCUGAUUUGGCCGAUAAAGUAUCCGAAGGGUUGCUGGAGCUAUGUUGGUAAGAUAGGGGGAACGCAGAUCGUCUCACUUCAACCACCGGACGAUCGCAGUCCAAACUGUCUCGGCAACGAGGGCCGUGCCAUUCACGAACUGAUGCACGCCCUCGGCAUAUUUCACGAGCAGUCACGUGCCGAUCGUGAUCGGUUCGUGAAAAUUAUUUGGGACAACAUCAUUCCGGCAUUCAAAUCGAACUUCGAAAAGCAAUCGCUAAAGAACACCACGUACAGCUUCGAAUAUGACUACAACAGCAUCAUGCACUACGGCAAGAACUACUUUAGCAUAGGGAAGGGUAAAACGACGAUAGAAACUAAAAUGCCAGGCAUCAAGCUUGGUCAGCGGCAGGCCCUGAGCAAGACGGAUUGCUUAAAAAUAAACGAUCUCUACCGUUGUCUGGACAAUCCAAAAAUUAGCAAAAAGUACUACAACUUGUGCAAGACCCUUGGUAUAUAAUAUUCACGAGAAGAUGCUCUCUUCUCUCAGCAAACGUGGAAUGCUGUGGCUUUUGUCAAACUGUUGGAGCUG